UGUAACACAGUUGUAAUUGCUAGUGUGGAAGGACCUCUCACUGAGUACUUGUGUAAAAAGCCAGUUGAAACUGGGCAACAAUGGCUGAGAAAAUUGUUCUACUUCUGCUGAUGUCCUUGACUCUCUGUGCUGGCGUCAAAAGGGUGGCCCUAAGUAGACACAGGUCUCAAAGGUACAGGAUGAGAGCAGGGGGGAUGCUGUCCCAGUUCUGGAACUCCCACCAGUUGGACAUGAUCCAGUACAGCAAUGCUUGCCGCAUUGCCUCACAGGCCAACGAGCCGCUCAUCAACUACAUGGAUGCAGAGUAUUUUGGCCAGAUCACUAUUGGGACCCCACCCCAGAACUUCACAGUGAUUUUUGACACUGGCUCCUCCAACCUGUGGGUGCCCUCUGGCCUCUGCGACAGCAAAGCAUGCAAGGUACACCACAGAUACCAUUCUUCCCAGUCUUCAACCUAUCAAGUUGAUGGUCGGCCCUUUUCUAUACAGUAUGGCACAGGAAGCCUGACUGGGAUUCUGGCAUUUGACCUGGUCACUGUUGAAGGGAUAGCUGUCUCCCAUCAGAAGUUUGGGGAGAGUGUAAGGGAGCCGGGCAGCACCUUUGUUGAUGCCAAUUUUGAUGGAAUUCUGGGUUUGGGAUACCCGAGCAUUGCGGCAGGGGGAGCCACUCCAGUGUUUGAUAACAUGAUGGCUCAGGGCGUGGUUGAACUCCCGGUCUUCAGUGUCUACCUCAACAGAAACCCCGAUUACUCUUCUGGGGGGGAGAUACUGUUUGGGGGAUUUGACCAGUCCCACUUCUCAGGGAUGCUGCACUGGGUUCCUGUCACCAAACAGGGCUACUGGCAGAUCCUUCUAGACAAUGUGAAGGUGAAUGGUCAGGUAAGAUUCUGUGCAGAUGGGUGCCAAGCAAUCGUGGACACAGGGACGUCUCUACUGACAGGACCCACAGAGGAUAUCAAAGCCCUGCAGGAAGAGCUAGGAGCAACACCAGCAGGGGGUGGAAUGUAUGCUGUAGCAUGCAGCAGCCUCCCCUGGCUCCCUGACGUGACAUUUACUAUCAAUGGUGCCGAGUUUCCUCUUACUCCUGAGGCUUACAUUCAAUCGGAAGAGCUAAUCGGACAGGCUGUUCUAUGCAUGACAGGUUUUCAGGGCAUGGACAUCCCCCCACCAGCUGGGCCCCUCUGGAUUCUGGGGGAUGUUUUUAUUGGCCAGUUCUACUCAGUCUUUGACAGAGGACACAACCAGGUGGGCUUGGCCAGGGCUGCUCCCUAAACCAAACAGUACCACAUCAUGCUGCAUCAGGAGAGCUUCUUCUGUGUCUUCAAAAAAGGGUACAAUAUGAGAUUAUUUUGCAAUUAGGUUAAAUAUUUUACCAGCUUUACCCUUUGUCACAAUAUUUUAAUAACAUAUUGUCGGAAAAAACAGCUAUCCAGAGUUUAUUUGGCAAACAAAUUACAAAUUUAUUGAUAUUAAUGAACUACAUCCAAAAUACAUUUUCUGUUCUAAAGUACUAUAAAAGGCGAAUGGACCCUAAACAGGACAGAGCACUGAAGAUUCUGUAAUUAAAGCUUCAUUGUAGAAGUCUGUCUGACUGCCAAGGUAGCCAGCUGUGCUAGGUCAUGUCCCACAGGCUCAGAAUUAGCAGGAAUUGGGCCUAAGAACGUCAUACAACUGUGCCACACUUGAAAGAAAGCUGGCAGCCAUCUCCAGCGUCAGAACUAAAAGCAUUCUUUUUCAAGUGGCUUUUUUCCAGUACAUUUGUUUCAGUGUGACCUUUUUGAAACUCACCUGAGAAAUACUUAGGAUGUAGAUCAGUGGGUUAUUAAGGACUGCCAAUGCCACACUAAGCCAAACUGUUACGUGAAAAAGGCCCUUGUAAUAUUUAGAUUGUUAAAAAGUUGUUUUCAGAUUGGGGAAUUUACAUAGAAGCUAAGUGAAAAUUAACUUUCUUUUUUAUUAUUACUAUUUUUUAAUGAAAGAUUUGAUUACCUACAGGAACAACAUUUUUGGGAAUUUGAUCAAGUUUUAAUAAUUUUUGCUUGUGAAAGUACUUAAGUAACGUUUACUUUAGGGAGCUAGUUUCGAGCUUGUUCUGUAUCUUUUCUCUAAUUUGUUUUGUUCAGCUGUCUGAUUUUAAAGCAUUUGUAAUGAAUAUGAAACACCCAGCUGUCUCUAAAAAUCCUAGGUUGAGAAAAUGAUUUCCAGAGAAGGAACAUAAUAUUCCAGAUGUGUUGCUGUCUGUAAAAUGAUAUGGUUAAGGACAGGUGCAGGAAGUGGGGGCUCAAUUUACUGUAAGAUCAAAACUAAUCAAUAAUACACUGACAUUGUAAAGACCCUCAAUAUGUAGCAAUACAGAGUGCCACUAAUUUAUCAGCACCUGUAGGAGGAUUUGUAUGACAUAGGAAUUAUUCAUUUUGUAAUUAUUUUUUUUGGCUGUGGACUACAGUGACUGAAUUUUUCACAUGAGUCAACUGCUAAAUAAUAAAACAAUAAUGAUGACAACAACAAAACAGAAACCUAAGGGUAUGCUACUGAUGCUUAAGAAGUAGCCUCUUCUUGUAGUAAAUAAUCUUUAAGAAUAGUUUCGGUUGCAGGCAGCCAGAUUUUGUCUCCUUUACAUGUUUUCUGAAAAGUAAUAUGGAGAACAAAUAUGUUCUGCAGAGGAAAUUGCACAAAGCAUGAUGAAAGAGUUUAACGUUUGUGGGCUAACAAACAAAGGGUGGCAACUGACAAGUUCAACUUUAUAAUUUCUUGUAACCAGUAUCAGUGUACAAAUCCUUAUAAAUAACUACUUAAUCAUUUCUUAGACUCAGCUAAAACUUAAUUGUGAAUUGCCAUUAAGUUUUUUAAUUAUGUAUUACAUUAAUAAAAAAUUAAUUCUACUAUGAUCAUUUUGUAAAGUAUUUGUCAAGGUUAUGAUACUGCAAAUAUGAAAAAAGCCAGUGUUUCUUAAAUUACAUCAUAGGAUGUACAGCAAUUAAAGUUCAGACCAAUGUGAUGUAUGGGGUAGUGAGUAAAAAUGUGAUGUUAUCAUAUACCCUUUUAUAUUAAACUGUCUUUAAUUCUCUAAAUAAAAUACAGAAAAUUAAUAUAAAUGUUGUCAAUACAUA